UCUUAUCUCCUUGUUCCUCAUAUUUGCCGUAUAUUCAGUCAGAUCUCGAGAAGGGAUCUGUGUAUUCAUGGCAAAUCCCAAGCUGAGAGCACUUUGGAACCACCCAGCUGGCCCUAAAACUAUCCAUUUCUGGGCCCCAACAUUUAAAUGGGGUCUAACCAUUGCAAAUAUUCUCGACUCAGCAAAACCACCAGAGAAACUAUCCUAUCCUCAGCAAUCAGCCCUUGCAUCCACCGGACUUAUAUGGGCAAGAUACAGCGCAGUAAUUACACCAAAGAAUUGGAAUCUUUUGAGUGUUAGUUUCGCGAUGUCUGUAACCGCUAUGUAUCAACUUUCGCGUAAAAUUCAGCAUGACUUAUCCACCAAAAACCAAGAAGUUGCUGCAGAAGAAUGAAUAAAAUCUCAAUUAUAGUAAACUUGGCGUGCUAGUUUCGAGUUGAACGCACUCUGAUUCGAGUCAUGUAACACUUAUAGUAAAACAUAUUCGUUCUCAUGGAUUAAUGUUCAUUAAUGUUGGAUUAUGUUUGAACCUCAUGGUUCAAUUAAGACCAAUGAAAAAUAUUUUGUAGCAUAAUUUUGUUUAUACAAAGCGACAUCUUUAUUCGGCA